AUGGAGGUGGACAGUGAAAGCGACGAGGCCAUGAGCGGGACUGGAAAGGCCGACUUCGCGCUCCCUCCUGCGGCUCGAGAAACCGAUACUGCUGCAGCGCGUCCACGCCGACGACGGCUGCUUUUAUCGACAGAUAGUGCCUUCGCCGAUUUCAUUCUCCCCUCCUUGGUCCAAAAUCCCUACAUCGAAUUGCGCCUGAUCACCGACGAACCCUCCGCCCUGCUGGCAGGUACGAACAAAAUCCCUCAUUAUAUGGAUACCGUCGAUAGCCAAACUUUCGAUAAGAAGACCGGGGCGCGGAAAUGGCUCAAAGCCAAGACAGCGGAGCUCUGUGAAUGGGCCGAUAUGCUCCUGGUUGCACCGAUCGACGCGGGAGCGCUGGGAUCUAUGCUUGCUGGGUUGACCAACACCUUGACCUUGGCCCUUCUCCGCGGCUGGGUCUCAACCAAGCCGGUCGUGCUGCUUCCGGGCAUGACUGUAUCGGAGUGGGAGCAUCCACUAAGUGCGCGGCAGCUUGAGGAAAUUGGUCGAUUCUGGAAGUGGAUUCGGAUCGCAAAGCCGGUUCUUUGGGUGUCAAAUGGGCCCGAGGAUUUGACCCCCCUGCCGUGGGAUGGGCUCAAGGAUUUGCUCAAGACGCUGGAGUCUUCGUUAGAGUUACCUCCUUGGGAAGUCUCUCUCAUCGAUGCGUCCGCGGUGAAGGGUAAAUCAGAUCCAGCGCAGUCAUCAGAACCCGCCCUGUCCUCGACAAGACCUCGCAGUGACACAGUCUCCGCUCUGAGACAUCUCCAGACCCACUGGCCUAACCCAGAAAUGAAAGUCCGGUCUUUACCUCUGGAACUGUGGCUCAUCAUCUUCGAGGAUCAUCUGAAAGAUUGGGAAAUUGCCAAGGCUGUCGGCAUCACCACCAACCUCCCUGUGCCCCAAGAGUGGCAAAACCAUCUGUUGAAAAUGUCGACUCCGGCUUCACUAGAAUACACCAUUCUUCGAGGGUCCUUUGCAUCUAUCAAGAAACGCAUCGACGCUUUACCGCGGUGGAAACCCGUCUCCGAUCUCGCUUGUCAUCUCAUUGUCAAGUUUUCCCGCACCGACAUCCUCUCCUAUCUGACCGAAAACCAUCUGGAACUUCUGUGGACCACGUCCCGCCUCACACAUAUCCCCUACCGCGCCUCGGCAAUCUACGAUGCCAUGGACGGUGCCUCCCGGGCCGGAUUUCCUCACGUCCUGAACUGGUGGCUCCAUUCCGGCUUCCCGCUACGCUAUACCGAGCGCGCGCUGGAGUCCGCAAGUGCCGAAGGUCGAAUUGAGGUCCUCGAGUGGUGGAAGACGGCCUCUUUCAACGCACCGCCUGAUAAGCCCAUACCAUUGAAGGUGGGAAAAUCAGUGCUGCUGGCAGCCCAAUCGGGGCGGACCGCAUCGCUCGCAUGGUGGGAUGCAUCGGGUAUUCCCUACAGCCAUGCCGAGCACGUGGCUCGCAUCGCCAGUACGCAUGGCCAUGUUCAUGUCCUUGAUUUCUGGUUCAAGCUCAAAGGGCCAAAGAUGAUCUUCGACAACCAGGUCCUUGUUGGGCCGACGAAGAAUGGACACGACCAUGUUCUCCAAUGGUGGAAAGACUGUGGACUGCGCGUAGAGUUUAAAACAUGUGAUAUCGAAGAGGCCCUGGAGGAUGCAGUCUCGGGCGCUGAUGAACGUGUUCGUCAGUGGUGGAAGCGGAACGGCCUCAACCUAGGCCUUGGGACGAGAGAGUGGAUGAAGCCUAAGGUUCUUUAA